GGCAUAAAUAAGCCAAACUCAUUCCAGUUCUAAUUUAGGGUUUCUUCUUCUUCAUCUUCUGCCUUCGAGUCUGUGACUGUGAGAUUUAGAGAUCGAUCGAGAUGAGGCUUCUAACGCACAACAUGCUGUCCUGCAACAUCAAAGGAGUAACAAAUGGAUUUCCAUUAGGUUUAGAAAUAGUUAAACACGAAGUCAAAGAAGUUGAAUUCAAUUCAGAUUUCAUCAGAAACAUGUUUGUUAAGAUUGAAUGGAAAGCAUUAGUUGAUGCCGCGAAAUCAAUGGGUUAUGAAGAAUUACCUGAAGAAGUUGAUUCGCCUAUGCUUGAGAGUGAUGAGUUUUUGAAGAGAUUUCAUCAUGCCCUUUUGGAACUUCAUCUUGAAGAAGGUGCACUUGUUUGUCCUGAAACUGGGAGGAAGUUUCCUGUUGUUAAAGGGAUUCCUAAUAUGCUUCUUAAUGAAGACGAGGUUUGAGAUUUUUAUAUUUUUUUUUUAUCUUCUGUAGCUGGUGAGAUUUCAUAUCUGAUGAUGAAAAUUAGGGUUUUUAAGUGUGAUGAAAUAUGAGAUUAGGGUUUUAAUUCAUACAUUAAUCUUCUACUCUAUAAAGAUUUGGUUUGGUUUGGUGUUUGAUUUUGUCUGCUUGAAUUAUUUCUCUAGACUCUUAUAUGUUUGUGAAAUGCAAAACCCUAAACCCUGUAUCUAUAUGCAUCCAUGGAGAUUUCACCAUGGAUGAGUCUAAUCUCACUGAAUCUGCUCCACAAAUGCUAGCUUAGGAUUUCAAAAUUUCAAUCAGCGUCUUUUAAAUAUUGUUUGAUUCAGUAGCUUAAGUUCUUGGAUUCUAAAUUUUAGCGAGAACGAUUUCAACAGUGUAAACUGAUUGGAGAACUGAGUUACAUGGUUAACUGGCAUUUGUUUCUUGCAAAUUGCAUUGGAGUGAUGUUGUCUAUGAGCUUUAGAAUGAAACUUCUCUUUUCUAGUGCUGAAUAUAGGUGCUAUAUUCUAGUUGAAUGUCUAAAUUUAGUGAGAAUGAUGUUGCAAUUUGCAAAGUCCUGGUUGAUGCUGUCAUUGUCACCAGACUAAUCAGAAACAUUGCAUCGUUAAAGGAUAUUGUUAAACUCAAUCAUGCGGCUUCUCUCUAGCACUUUGCCUCCGCACUCCUUGAUCCACAUUAGCUAAGAAAGUUGGGGCUUCCUCUGUAGAUGGUAGUUCUCAGCUGGUCUCUGGACUGCUGUGCUGGUCGUGCCGUUGUCCGGCAGACUCCAAAAUUUUUGUUGAAUGUUUUCUCAGUCUUCCCCCUCCUCCAGUUAAAAUCAUUUGUUGUGAUGGAGCCUCUAGAGGUGAUCCAGGUACAUCUGGAUGUGGUUUCUUAUGUAGGGAUAAUUUGGGUGCUUUCAUUUAUGCUAAAUCAGGUGGUCUUGGACCAGCCACCAUCUAUGUUGCAGAAAUGAUUGCGAUUGUUAGACCUGCUGAAUGGGCAGUGCAACAGGGAUGGUAUGGGAUUCUCAGUCUGUCAGAUUCCAAGGCUGUUAUUCAAAUGUUCAUGGUUUAUCUUUGCAAGAUGUUGGCUGAAUACAAAUUAAUAACAUUCAGUUCGGGCAUUAGACCUGAUUCGCUAUCAAAGCUUGGACGGCCUUAUGAGCAAUAUUUUAGAUUCGUUAGUUUUUGGUUUCUUUUCAUGGGGUUCUGUUUUUGCCCUGUUUGCGUCUUCUUUUGCUUUACUUUGUGGUUAUUCUGUUGGCCCAGUUUGUUAGUUCUCAAUUUUUUGGGUUAGUUGUA